GCGAGAGCAAAGAAAUCAAUCAAUUUAUACAAGCUCGUCACAAUAAUAUUGGAUAUUGGAAAUCUAGUAGAAGUUAAGGUCACUAGUAUAAAACGUCCAAGGUGCACCCCAUUUAAUUCCUCUCUUCAGUCAUAGGUCAUUUCAUUCAUCGUUCUGGAGUCAUUGGAAUAAACUUCUGUCACUAAUUUCAAACCUAAUCCAAUCUCGACCAAACCUGUUCACAUUCAAGGAGGAUACCUACUAACUUGCCUUAAAAUAUGCAGAAUUUCUCCCAUACAAUAUGGAUGGGUGACCUGGAACCUUACAUGGAUGAAAUGUUUAUUAAACGAGCCUUUGAAACAUCAGGUGAAAAUAUAGUGAGUGUAAAAGUUAUCCGAAACAAGGCGACUGGGCAAACUCUUGGUUAUGGUUUCAUAGAGUUUGCUAACUCAACAUCUGCGAGAGAUGCAAUGCUGAAGUUGAAUGGCAAGCUCAUUCCUGGAGCCCCUACCAGAAGAUUUAAACUUAAUCACGCUAGUUACGGGAAAGAUAGCACUUCUAGUAAUGAAUGUUCGUUAUUUGUUGGUGAACUAACAGAAGAUGUUGAUGAUCUUGCUUUAUUCAAUGCUUUUAAAAAAUACCCAACAUGCCGUUCAGCUAAAGUUGUGAUGACAAAUGGCAAGUCUCGUGGAUACGGUUUUGUUCGUUUCCUCACUGAAUCUGAUAUGGAUAAAGCGUUGAUUGAAAUGCAAAAUUAUUGUGGUUUAGGCUAUAAACCGAUUCGAGUGAGUCUUGCUAUUCCGAAGCGUUAUAAUGCAGAUGGAAGUCUGGUUGUUACUACAACAGCAUCUGAGACGAGUUCAGUGGUUCCAAGUGGUAUGCCCGAUCCAUUCACUGCUGCAGUUGCGGCUGCUGUAACGGGGAAUUCUGCAGCUCAAGCAGAAUAUUAUCAAGCUUAUCAACAAUACUAUCAACAGUACUAUGCUUCUCAAUAUGCAGCCCAGUUUUAUUCCAGUGAAUCAUCUACAAAUGGCGACUUAGCUAAUUCUGGAAUAACAUCGAUUGCCGGUGGUGGUACGCUUGUAGGCGAUGCUACAGUUCAACAGCAUGCAUUCGUCGAUGCUGCUGCCUCACAUUUAUAUGCUAGAGCACUUCAGCAAGGCACCGGCUCACAUGAAUAUGCCCCAGAGCCACAUGUUUUAUCAUCAGCUUGUGAUCGUCCACGACAUGUAGAUGAUUUAGAUGAAGUGUUCAAUUUUCUAGAAGCAUCACGAUGGCAUGUCACUGAUCCAUCAUUGGGAUUAUUUAUUAAAAUAAGACCAUAACUAUUUAUUCACCUUUAUUGUUCCUUUUUUAGUAAAGUACGUUGUAUUUUUAUAAGUUUGAACAAAGUAUAUUGAGUUUCCUUUUUUUUAAAAAAAAGUAUUGGGAUUAUGUGAUGUAAAUACAUUUCAUGUAUAUGUAUGUUUUUAUUUUUGUUUCAUAUGAAUAUUUGAUUAUCA